CGCACCGAGGCUGGAGUGGAAGAGGCGCGCUCAUCUCGGGAGGACCGACCGCAGAGCACCGGAGACGGGAGGAGAUCACCCGGUUAGUCCGACCGUCAGGAGCCUCAGCCGGGGAAACGAUGCUCAGAAGGAGCCUCUCCGCCGGCAGCAGGACUUAGAAAGCUGCGGGAGAUCCACCCGGACACUUUUCAGCCUCCUCUUCCUCUUCCUCUUCCUCUCCGAUAAGGAAGAUCUCUCUCUUCAGUUUAACCCCAGUUUACAGGUCUGGUUUGACCCCAGCACGAUGUGGAGGACCGGGGUCUUGCUGCUCCUCCUGGCCGUGUUUCUAGCCUCCGGAGAACUCCAGCUGGAAACCGAGCCGCGGAGACUCCCUCCUCCGGGAAAGUUGGAUUUCGGUUAUGUUCCUGCAGGAGUUUACGAGACUCUUGCCCAUUACGAACCGGGACCGAUAGGGAUCCUGUUCCACCUGGUGCAGGCGUUCCUGUAUGUGGUGCAGCCCAAUGAGUUCCCUGAAGAUCUUCUUGUCAAGCUGGCAAAGGAAAAGUUUGGGGCCAUUCAGACGGAAUACCAAAAGCCAGAGAACAUAGUGCUGACUCUUCAGGCCAUCUACUAUGAGAUCGGCUUCGUAGUUUGUGCGGCGCUCGGCCUGCUGUUCGCCGUUCUGGUUCCGAUAAUCGGCAUCUUCUUCUGCAUGUGCCGCUGCUGCGAUAACUGCGGCGGCGAGAUGCACCAACGCCAGAGGAAAAACGCAGACUGUCGACGAGGCCUGCUGGGAACUCUGCUCUUCUCCACCUCACUGGUCAUCACGAUCGGAGUGCUGUGUGCCUACGCUGCCAACCAGAACCUGAGCUCUCAGGUGAAGAACAUCCGGAGAUUGGUGAACAGCAACAUGAGGGACCUGCACACCUUCGUUAAUGACACGCCAAUGCAAAUUGAUUACCUAAUAUCCCAAUACGCCACAGCCAAGAACAAAGUCAUCUAUGACCUAGAUAAUAUAGGUCCAUUAUUAGGUGGAAGGAUACACGAUCAGCUGGAUAAGGAGGUCCAUCCUGCAUUGGACAGAGUUCUCAAUAUGGCUGGAGCUAUGCGAGAGACAAAGGAGGCUCUGGAGAACGUCAGCGUGGGUCUGGAGGUUCUCCAGGAAGGAACAGGGAAGCUCAACUUCAACCUGAGCCUGGUCCGGACCAGCAUCAACCGGACGCUCAGCGACCCGGGCUGCCACGACGAGGAGUCGGACGCCACCUCCGCCCAGCUGUGCCGAAACAUCCGCCAGUCCCUGUCCCAGCUGCAGAUCGGAGCCAACUUCACACGGCUACCUAAAGUGAACGAUCAGCUGGAAAAAAUGAACGAUGUAAUGAGAACGGACCUCAGUGCGAUCGUCCAGAAGGGCUACUCCUCUUUGAACGACACACCAAAUAUGGUGAUUGAACAGACCAGAAGUGUUGUUGAGAGUGUGCAAGGUUUGAUGGACGGCAUUGGAAAUAACAUCAGCAGCUUCUCCAAAGUGUUCCCUGUGCAGAGUUGCCUUUCCAACUUCACUAUCGCUAUCAGCCAUGCCCAUGCCAAGAUUGAGGAGUACUACCCUGAAAUUGACAAACUGGAUUUCUACAGGUGGAUUGGCUGUAUUGCUCUGUGCUGUAUGGUGGUCCUGGUCCUGGCCUUCAACUACCUGGGCCUGCUGUGCGGCACUCUGGGAUACGACAAACACGCCUCACCUACGACACGAGGCUGCAUCUCCAACACAGGAGGAACCAUGCUCGUGGCCGGCGUUGGAUUCAGCAUCAUCUUCUCCUUGGUGCUGAUGGGAGUGGUGACUGUCAUGUUCCUGCUUGGAGGAAACAUGGAGAAACUUUUCUGUGAGCCUUUCCACACCAAAGAAGUCUUCAAGGUUGUGGACACGCCAUAUCUGGUCAACCCAGAGUGGAAGAACUUCAUCCCGGGCUACAUGUACAACGACUCGGACCUGGAGCUGACAGCAGAGAGCUUGUACAGUACUUGCAAAGAGAACAAAGGCAUCUACUCAGCCAUGCGUCUGGACAAACUCUUCAACAUCUCCUCCUUCCUGAACUCUACAGUGUUCACUAAGGAUGUGGUGAGUCAGCUGGAGAGCGUUAAGAUCGACCUGAGGGGGAUAAUCAUGUUGGAGGCCGAGGGGAAGCAGAACCUCGUGGAUUUCUCUGACGCAGGGCUGUCAGAAAUCAACUAUGCAGACUACCUGGAAGAGGUCAACAAAGGAGUUACAGUGAUGGACCUGCUCACAUAUGCCAGAGAGCUGGAGGCGCAGACAGACCUCAUGCCCAGAGGCGGUCUGCAGAGCUCUCUGAAAGGUCACAUCGGCACUCUGCGGCAGAUCCACGCUCAACAGAUCAUCCCCAUGGAGCAGGCCAUGAAAUAUGUUAGAGCGAGGAGUGCAUUGAACCAGAGUAUGAGGUUCCUGGAGAGAACAGCUUCAGACCUGCCAAACAAAGUUUUAGCAGUUCUUGAGGCGAUUGAAGCGGCCCAGUACCUCAUCUCCCAGAAUGCAACACAAUUAAUCAAUCAGGAAACGGGAAAAUACACAGCCACCAUUGUUGGCUACUUCAAUCAAUACAUAGAGUGGGUCAAAACUUCACUGGCCUUAGAGGUCGCACCGUGCAAGCCUUUCAGCAACAUGCUGGACACGGCGGAGAUCAUUACUUGCAGUUUUGUGGUCGACUCCAUGAACACCUUCUGGAUGGGCCUGGGCUGCAGCGCUCUCUUCCUGCUGCCCAGCAUCAUCCUCGCUGUGAAACUAGCAAAGUUCUACCGCAGGAUGGACACAGAGGACGUUUACGACGACAUUGAGACAAUGCCCAUGAAAACCAUCCCUACCUAUGACACUAUGAACAGGUUCCCGCGGGCCUCGGCUCCUCCGAGGCACAUCGACUGGUGACAGAGAGCCGGCUCUGGCUCCUGAAAGUGCCGUCACAAACUGGAACUAACACACACCAUACUGUUUGUUUCACGAGGCCUCGGACCAGAAGAAGUUCAAUAGAAGCUGGUUUCCUUACAACAAAAGAACACACAAAGCCCUUUGGGUGUUUUUUUGUGUUAUAUUUAGUGAUCAACUCAACCUCCUCAAUCAAGCAGAUCACAGCCUUCGGUACAGAAGCCUGCUCCCCUUCAAAGAAACUGCCUGCAGGACAUCAAACUUCUCCUUAAUCAAUCUGAGCCAGGCUUGUUCUGCAUUUUUUUUUUUCCAUGGACUGCUGCGUCUGCGUUUACAUUUGUUCAGACGUAAAACUGAGCUGAAGAAUACAUUCAGCGAGAGGACAAUAACGGUGAUGCCUGUUAUCGUAAUGUACUUGUCUGUGCUUAAGAAGACAGGGACUGAAAGGUCAUCUGAAGGUCAUGGCGAGCUGCUAGAGGAACUUUUUCUCCUGCUCUUAGGAUGGAUCUAUCACAUUCAAGAUGCUUAUUCUAAAAAGGGGAACAGUCUGUCGUUGUAUCUCUAAUGUAAGGUGCAAAUUAACGUGAAAUCCAAUGUGUUUAGUUGAGAAUGGCACAUCGUUUUCAGAGUGUUUCAUGAGUGAGAACUGAAUGAUAGAAAUAAGGCGGUUAAAAUAGAGACAAGUUGGUCCCAGGUGGAUAUAUAUUGUGAUUAAUAUGAAAGACUUUAGCAUGACUUUAAAACAAAAUGUUUACAAUAUUACAAAACAUCCAGACACCACUGCUGGUUGCGGGGAUUUGCAAAAGACUGGUUGCCUUUCAGAAGUUUGUUUCAUGCAGUUUUUGUUUUUACAGAUAUGGUCCUUUCUUAAAGGGAAAAUGAACCCAUGGAUGCUCUUACACUGAAAAUGUCAAUAUUAAUAUCAGAAGUUUGACCAAAGAGGGAUUUCCAUGCUCAGAUGCAUUCAUUUAAAUAGUUGUUGACACCUUAAAACCCCUCAGGUUUAGCUUGGGACCAUUUGGUACCACAUUUUUAGACAGCUGAAAAGCAUACUUCCAUUUAAGAAAUCCUGGUUUGGGCAUUAGUCAAAUGAGUACCAUUGAUACGCAAACUAAAUCAGUAAAAUGCAACAUUAAAUAUAAUUUAACCAACAGUGUAAGCAUUGAGGUGGAUUUUCCCUUUAAUUCAUAAAGUUAGUUUAUAUAUAUAUUACACAUUAUGACAAAGUGUCAGGCUUAUAGAUUGUUCCCUAGCUGAUGAAUUGAUUAACAAGCUAUCAUGUUGAGUUCACUAACAUGACACUUUUACUGAGAUGUUUCUUGCUUUCAUAGUGAUGAUAUGUUUAAAGUGGAGAAAUACUUUCUCAAGCCAAAUUAUUUUUCUUACCAUAGGUCUCAGUCUUUAGUAAAUGAUGUGCAUAUUCUGUUUGUGCUUUUUAAACCCCACAGUAGCUAUGGAUACAUUCACAGUAUACUGCACAAGUGAAUGUAUUCAAGAGCUAUUUCUUAUUUUUGUAUAACUUGAUGAUGUUGGUUGAGAAAUAUGCUGAACUCUUAUCGAUAAAACGCAUUAGACAAGCCAGUCCAGUCGUCCCAUCCUCGCCGCAAUGUUUACACAUUAGAUUUAGACAAUCCAUUCAUGGGACAAUUCAAAUAUCAGAAAACCAGAAGAAUGCUUUCCGGUUUACACGGUGGAUGGUGUCGAAGCACACUGUAGAAAAAUAAAUGUCCAUCUUAACAUGGAAAGCUUGAAUUGUACAGGUCUAGCUAAUACGCUAACCAAACAAUAGCGACCUACAGUCAUUACUUAAGAGUACCAAAUGUAAGAGUUUAAAAUAUACAAAUUAUGAUUUAAAGUUUAUUCAAGUAAAGAAAAACUGUGAAAAACAUGAAAUAAAUUAGAACAAUUUAAUAUUUAAACUGUAUUUUGGUAAUAUUCGUAAUAUUCAUUAGUUUGAAUUAUCAAAGGAAUACGUUUCAUAAUUUGGGAUAAAAGUUGUGACAUCACAAAAGUACUUAACAUUAGGUAGCUAGUGGGUGUUUCUCAAUGUCGAGGACGCUUCCUUGGUAGGACAUGUCUUCCGAGUCAGGUCCUUCAGAAGCGA